UUCUUAGCUUCUACUUUUCCCUUUUCUUUCUCUCUUUCUUUUCCCCUGAUAGUCUUGAUUGAGAGCCAGCAUAAUUGUUAUACUAAUUACUAAUAGAGAUAAUAAGAAAGUGGCAACACACACAAGGGGGUUUGGUGAUUUCAUGCAAAUGAAGCCACCACUCUCACCCUCUUCUUCCCUCAUGAGAGGCAAGGCUCGUCUCUCUCCCUAUCUCUUCACCCUCUUAGCUUUCAUCUUCUUUGUUGCCAUUCUCUAUGGUGAGGAUUUCAUGUGCAUCUUCGGUCAACAACUCCAAAACUACUCCAGUCCUAACAGCCUCUUCCCCACAACUGAGAGGGUGAAGAAGCAGCAUAAGGUGCCAUUUGCAGUGGGGAAAACAGAGGAAGGGUGUGACAUAUUCAGUGGGAGGUGGGUAAGGGACGAGGUGACUCGGCCGCUGUACGAGGAAUCGGAGUGUCCGUACAUACAGCCGCAAUUGACAUGUCAGAAACACGGGAGACCAGACAAGGACUACCAACACUGGCGGUGGCAACCGCACGGUUGCGAUCUUCCAAAAUUCAAUGCAAGCUUGAUGCUAGAAACACUUCGUGGGAAGAGGAUGAUGUUUGUUGGAGACUCCCUCAACCGCGGUCAGUACGUAUCUUUUGUGUGCCUUCUCCAUCAACUCAUUCCUGAAGAUGCUAAAUCCAUGGAAACCUUUGAUUCACUCACUGUAUUCACAGCCAAGGAAUACAAUGCGACAAUUGAGUUCUAUUGGGCACCUUUUCUUCUCGAGUCAAAUUCCGAUGAUGCUAUUGUUCAUAGAAUAUCUGAUAGGAUUGUUAGAAAAGGUUCGAUCAACAAGCAUGGUCGGAAUUGGAAAGGUGUUGAUAUUUUGGUUUUCAAUACCUAUCUUUGGUGGAUGACUGGGUUGAAGAUGAAGAUCUUGCUUGGAUCUUUUGAUGAUGAAGUAAAAGAGAUUGUUGAGGUUUCAACAGAGGAUGCUUACCGUAUGGCUAUGAAAAGUAUGCUUAGAUGGGUGAAGCUCAACAUGGAUCCUAAAAAAACUAGAGUCUUCUUUACCAGCAUGUCACCUUCUCAUGGAAAGAGCAUAGAUUGGGGAGGUGAACCAGGAGGGAACUGCUACAAUGAAACAACUUUGAUUGAUGAUCCCACAUAUUGGGGCUCUGACUGUAGAAAAAGUGUAAUGCAGGUGAUUGGAGAAGUUUUGAAUAAAUCCAAAGUGCCCAUCACAUUUCUCAACAUCACUCAGCUCUCAAGUUACCGCAGAGAUGCCCACACUUCAAUCUACAAGAAGCAAUGGAGUCCAUUGACUCCAGAGCAAUUAGCAAACCCUGUUAGCUAUGCUGAUUGUGUGCAUUGGUGUUUGCCUGGCCUUCAAGAUAAUUGGAAUGAGCUUCUAUUUGCCAAGUUCUUUUAUCCUUGAAAGUUUUCAAUUAGAAAAGAUCCUUUAGCGUUUUCUUGGGUCAUUUCAUCUAUGGCACAUCAAAUUGUAAAUUGGAAGGCAUGGUUAAUCUCUCUGUUUUGUUUGCGAGUGAUACUUGGGGUGAUAACAGGGAUGAAUCAAAGGAAAGAAAGAGGAUUUGUAUGCAAUAGCAAUUGCCUUUAAAAAAGGGAGAAACAAUGUGUGAGUGAUGUGAUAUGAAUAAAAGUGGGAGUUAGGAAGAGAAAAAGAGUGGAAAUGAGAUGAAAGAGAAUGUGAGAUGUGAAUGAAUCAAAACUAGUAAUUAUUUUCACAUGAAAUGCCAAAUUUGAAAAUUUGCUAGUUUUUUAGUUAAGCA